UGUGUGUCACCUGCCCCCGACGGCUUGUUGACUCCUUGGGAGCGCUGCCUUUCAGUUUCUGGGCCCCCGAGACCAGAGGACGAUCUCGCUCACCUGUUCCCCGGGCGCGGCCCCGGGCGCUCCCGAGACUCUCCCGGGACCCCUCGCCCCUCAGAUCCACAGCCAUGAGCAAGUUGGGCAAAUUCUUUAAAGGGGGAGGCUCUUCUAAGAGCCGAGCUGCUCCCAGCCCCCAGGAGGCCCUGGCCCGACUUCGGGAGACAGAGGAGAUGCUGAGCAAGAAACAAGAGUACCUGGAAAAUCGAAUCCAGAGAGAACUCGCCCUGGCCAAGAAGCACGGCACGCAGAAUAAGCGAGCUGCAUUACAGGCACUAAAGAGAAAGAAGAGGUUUGAGAAGCAGCUCACUCAGAUUGAUGGCACACUUUCCACCAUUGAGUUCCAGAGAGAAGCCCUGGAAAACUCACACACCAACACCGAGGUGUUAAGAAACAUGGGCUUUGCGGCAAAAGCGAUGAAAGCAGUUCAUGAAAACAUGGAUCUGAACAAAAUAGAUGAUUUGAUGCAAGAAAUCACAGAGCAGCAGGAUAUUGCCCAAGAAAUCUCAGAAGCCUUUUCUCAACGGGCUGGAUUUGGUGAUGACUUUGAUGAGGAUGAGUUGAUGGCAGAACUUGAAGAACUGGAGCAGGAAGAAUUAAAUAAGAAGAUGACAAAUAUCCACCUUCCAAAUGUGCCUUCUUCCUCCCUCCCUGCACAGCCGGCUAGAAUGCCGAGUCGAACGUCAGGCAUGUCUUCUGCUGCACAUCGAUCCCGAGCAGCAUCUUCCAGGAGGGCAGAAGAAGAGGACGAUGAUAUCAAACAAUUGGCAGCUUGGGCUACUUAAAUUACAGUGGAAUUUGUUGACAUCUAAAUUAAUGAACUGUACAUUAGACACACAAAAAACAUGUUUUUGCAAUGUUUAGAAGUUAACAAAGAUCUUGUUUUAUAUUUACACUGGAUGAGUAAUUGUCUUUUAAGGCUUGUAGGUAAAAGUUGCAAAGAAUCGCAUGUAGACAUAGAAUGAGGGAUGGGAAGAGGCUUCCUGGUAGCAUCUCAGAGGAUCUUUCCAUGCUGAUGGGAGGGGGCAUUCUAUCUUGUUCACUCCUGUAUUUCUAGUCCUGGCACAUACUUGGUGCCCUCUAUACACUUGUUGAAAGAAAACGGAAUUCUAUGUACGCGUAAAAAUGUAUAACAGUUUAUAGGCCAUGUAAGAGUGAUGCGUUGAGGAUAAUAGCUAGAGAAAGUAUCUUUCUUUUCUACAUGAAGCAAGUUUGCUAUGUGUAUCCAUGUUAGAACGUAUCUACCCCAUGGUAAAUGCAAAUACACCAUGCCUCUUG